CUGGCUCCCACCAGGGAAAUAGCGCUUCAAAUUUCGGAUGUACUUUCUGCUGUGGGAUCUGAGGUGAAAGGACUGAAGGUCCAGUGCUUCAUCGGAGGGACAGCUAUUCAAAAUGACAGAUCAAAAGCCAGUACCUGUCACAUCGCAGUUGGUGCCCCUGGAAGAAUAAAACAUCUGAUCGAAAAAGGAUUUCUCCAGGUGGAGAGCGUUCGCCUGAUGGUCCUGGACGAGGCUGACAAAUUGAUGGAUCAAAGCUUCCAGUCAGACGUUAAUUACAUCUUCGCUAAAUUACCGAGGAACAAGCAAUUCUUGUCCUCUAGUGCAACAUAUCCUGGGGAUCUUGAAUUAUUCUUAUCCACGUACAUGAUUUCUCCAGUUUUAUUGACACCAGAUGCUGGUGGGCCAGUCCUCAAGGGCCUGAGGCAGUUCGUGGCUGUUGUUCCUUCUCAUCCAAAUGCCAUGAGGCAGAUCCAGGUGAAGAUCGAUGAGCUCACGAAAAUUCUGUCUAGAGUUCCCUUCAAGCAGUGUCUUGUAUUCUGUAAUUAUCAGACUAGGGCCCAAUCGAUAUGCAAUCGGGUGAAUCCAUUGCAUCCCUCGACGUUUAUCGUUGGGAGUCAAGAGAUGAAGAAGAGAAUUGAGACUAUUAAUAAAUUGAAGAACUGCAAAUGCAGAAUUUUAUUUACAACUGAUUUGACAGCUCGAGGGAUCGACGCAGAGAAUGUGAAUCUAGUGGUUAAUUUCGAUAUUCCAAAUGAUGGGGCGACGUAUCUUCAUCGAGCAGGUCGUGCCGGUCGGUAUGGGUCUCAUGGGAUUGUCAUCAGCAUCGUGGGACAACAGGAGCUGGAGAAAUUUCAGGAUCUCUUGGUGAUGGUGGGGGGAGAGAAGUUCUCGGUGCUGAGAAUUCCCGAGGAGUUCCCCAAGAACAUCUGGACGACUGAUGACUCGACCUUCGAGAGAAUUCCACAGGCCCCAGAGGAAGGCGGGGAGAAUGCCGAGGGAGAAGAGGUUCAAUUGAAGACUGGAGAACUUCCAGCGGUUCCUGGUGUUCAGUGGAGUGAAGAAGAUGUGAGCAAAAAGGUCUCGACUUCGAGAAGAAAACCGAAACUCACGGACUUCGUGAGGAAUCUCCUGGUGAACGACCGUCCAGCGAUAAAAGAUCCUCCGUCGUUUAAAUUUGUCGAGCCCAAGAACCGUGAGAUCCUCGAGCUGAAUUUCCCGUCGGAGAAUUUAUCUAAAUACGAGAGAUUGAACGAAAAGGUCGAGUUCUCGGUGGAAAUUCUGCCGGAGAUGACGGAGACAAACGAGGAGGAGCUGCUGGAGUUCCUGGACUACGAUAUCACGAAGAGAAUCGAGAAUAAAUCCUCGGUUGUCGAUGAAAUUCCUGAGGAAUCUCCAGAUCUUCUCAUGGACUUGAAGAAAUUCGUGAUUCCUGAUUUGGAAGACUCGGAUGAUGAACUCGUGAAGAUGUACAAAAGUCUGAUAGCCUGGGUGGAGAAAGGGGAGGACAAGAGGUUGAGGGAGGAUGAGGAAGUGGUCCUGGAAGAAGCUCGAGUCUGGAAUCAACUCCUGGAGUACGAGAUUGUGAACUCUGGGCGAUUUUUGGAGGGUAGGGACAGGGAGUACUGGGUGGCCUGGAGGGACUUCUUCGAGGCUCAGAAGAGGGCACUCCUCUGGGUGUUUCCUGAGCUUCGGAGUGAGGAAGAGGUCAUAGAGACGUAUUCUUACUCGACCCAGGGCCAUAAUAAUCUUGUGCAGAUGUACCAGGAGGUGGAGAAGUUCAAGAGCAUUCACAGACCCCCAGGAAAACCCUUCCAGGCCCAUUUUCCGUAUCCUGUAGUGGAGGGGCCGUUCUCGGGGCUCAUGAUGUCGUCUAGUGACGCCGAAAGGUACUCCAGAGCUAUUCAGUAUCUCCGGGAGCAUCCGGAGCCCAAGGGGCGUCUCCUGGAGGUUCUCGAGAGCUCUCAAAGCCAAGAAUUCCGAGGUGAGGCACGGGAUUUUGAAGGAAGUCAAGAACUGGAGACUCCAGGUGCCGGGGAACUUCACAAAACCCUUGGAGACGACUUCUGUGGUUCAGAAAAUGGAGAACUUCCCCGGGAAGAACGGUAUGGGGUUGAAGAAGUUGAACUGGGGAAUGGGAUUUCUCGGUCCUCAACUUCGAGUAUUGGAUCGGAGAACAGUGAGGAUUCUUUUGGAAACGAUUUACAAGGGACUUUUUGUCGUGGGGAAUUGGAUCAGUGUAUGGGAAAUGAAAGCAUUGAGGAAUUUUUUGAUAGAAUAAGUUUUGAUACUCACCUUCUGCAUUUGCAGGAAUAUAUGUCGUUAAUUUUGGAUUGAGUGGAAAUACAAAGAUUUUUUUUUA